GCGACACUCAUCCCUGUCAGUGAACAACACACAAAAUGGCGACUUACUGUUUGGCUGUGGCUAGAGUGCGGGUGGCCCUAGGAACUGGGGCAAGACGGUUCCAUGUCUCUGCUGCUUUCAGUGCCAAGGCCAAAGUGGCCAUGAGCCGCUUUGAGCCUGGCUCCAGCGUUAAUUAUGAGAAGAUGCAUGAGAACAUCAACAUUGUACGCAAGAGGCUCAACAGACCUCUCACUCUGUCGGAGAAGAUUGUAUACGGUCACCUGGACAAUCCAGCAGGGCAGGAGAUCGAGCGCGGCCGCACUUAUCUGCGCCUGCGUCCAGACCGCGUAGCGAUGCAGGACGCCACAGCUCAGAUGGCAAUGCUUCAGUUCAUCAGCAGCGGUCUGCCCAAGGUGGCUGUUCCCUCCACUAUCCACUGUGAUCAUCUGAUUGAGGCUCAGAUCGGAGCGGCUCAGGACCUGCAGAGGGCCAAGGAUGUGAACCAGGAGGUUUACAACUUUCUUGCAACUGCUGCAGCAAAAUACGGGGUUGGAUUCUGGAAACCGGGCUCAGGAAUCAUCCAUCAGAUCGUCCUGGAGAAUUAUGCUUAUCCUGGAGUGAUGCUCAUUGGUACAGACUCCCACACACCCAAUGGCGGCGGUCUGGGUUCCAUCAGUAUUGGAGUGGGUGGAGCUGAUGCUGUAGAUGUCAUGGCUGGAAUCCCAUGGGAGCUCAAGUGCCCCAAAGUGAUAGGAGUGAGGUUGACAGGAACCCUGUCUGGCUGGACCUCUCCCAAAGACGUCAUCCUGAAGGUAGCUGGCAUCCUGACGGUUAAAGGUGGCACGGGGGCCAUUGUGGAGUAUCAUGGACCUGGAGUUGACUCAGUCUCCUGCACUGGAAUGGCCACUAUCUGUAAUAUGGGUGCUGAGAUUGGAGCCACUACAUCUCUUUUCCCCUACAACCACCGCAUGAAGACAUACAUGGAGAAAACUGGCCGUGGAGAGAUUGCCGCUUUGGCAGAUCAGUUCAAAGAUGACUUGGUCCCAGAUAAAGGCUGUGAAUAUGACCAACUUAUUGAGAUCAACCUGAGCGAGUUGAAGCCCCACAUCAACGGACCGUUCACGCCUGACCUGGCUCACCCUGUGUCCGACAUCGGAGCUAUAGCGAAAAAGAGCGGCUGGCCCCUGGAGGUUAAAGUUGGUCUGAUCGGCAGCUGUACCAACUCAAGCUACGAGGACAUGGGCAGAGCAGCCUCUCUGGCCAAGCAGGCUCUGGAUAAAGGUUUGAAGUGCAAGGCCCAGUUCACGGUCACCCCUGGUUCUGAACAAAUCCGUGCUACUAUCGAGAGGGAUGGAUAUACCAAGAUUCUGAGUGAUGUCGGAGGAGUUGUACUCGCCAAUGCUUGUGGACCCUGCAUCGGACAGUGGGACAGGAAGGAUGUGAAAAAAGGAGAGAAGAACACAAUCGUCACAUCUUACAACAGGAACUUCACUGCCAGGAAUGAUGCUAACCCAGCCACUCAUGCUUUUGUCACCUCUCCUGAGAUUGUCACUGCCUUGGCCCUUGCCGGGACCCUCAACUUCAACCCUGAGACCGACUACCUGACUGCUCCCAGUGGAGAGAAGUUCAAGCUAGAACCCCCCACUGGUGACGAGCUCCCCUCCAGAGACUUUGACCCGGGCCAGGACACCUACCAGCAUCCUCCUACUGACAGCAGCUCAGUCAAGGUUAAUGUAAACCCCUCAAGUAACCGUCUGCAGCUGCUGGAGCCCUUUGACAAGUGGCAUGGAAAAGACCUGGAGGACUUGAGGGUUCUCAUCAAGGUAAAGGGAAAGUGCACCACUGACCACAUCAGUGCCGCUGGGCCCUGGCUGAAAUUCCGCGGUCACCUGGACAACAUCUCCAACAACCUGCUGAUCGGUGCCGUCAACAUUGAGAACGACGCAGUCAACAAGGUGAAGAACCAGCUGACUGGAGAGUAUGAAGGCGUGCCAGAUGUGGCCCGUCACUACAAGGCCAACGGAGUGAACUGGCUGGUGGUUGGAGAUGAGAACUACGGAGAAGGAUCCAGCAGAGAACAUGCUGCCCUGGAGCCACGACACCUGGGAGGAAGAGCUAUCAUCGUCAAGAGCUUUGCCAGGAUCCACGAGACUAAUCUGAAGAAGCAGGGCCUACUGCCCCUAACCUUUGCUGAUCCCAGUGACUACGACAAAAUUCACCCUGAUGACAAGAUUUCAAUCACCGGCCUGAAAUCCCUUUCUCCUGGCAAGCCCCUGACAGCGGUGAUCAAGCACAGCGACGGCAGCCAGGACCGCAUCUCUUUAAACCACACCUUCAACGAGACACAGAUCGAGUGGUUCCAGGCUGGCUCCGCCCUCAACAGGAUGAAGGAGCUCCAGUAGUUGGUGAAGAGGAGGGCGGUGAGGCCUGUGCAGGUUAUUGAAGGGCCUUGAUGUGGGUUGAGAAAGGGGAGGAAUGCGGACCUGGAGAGGGGCUUCACAAAGAGGGACAGACAAUGCAAACAGUAGAGGGUAACCAGGUUUUAUUUUGGGACGGCUACAGUCACGCUUGGGUAAAAAACAAAGUCAAACCUUCACUUUCAUAGACACACAGAGGGCGUGACUCUGCUGUAAGCACUGUCAUUCAUACUGGCAGCACUCCUGAGUUUAUAAUCAGUUAUUUAUUAAGCUUGUUGUUAAUUGCAGCAGUGAGUUGACUCUUUCAUAGAUGCUUUACUAUUUUUGUGCCACACUAACUAAUAUCACUGCUGCGUUUCUCUGAAGCUUUUCGGUUUCACCAAAAAGAAGCGGAAUUGACUUAAAAGCAUUAUUCAUUAUUGUCUGCACUGUAACCCAGCAAUGAUGAUCAGAGUCAGAAACAUGCAAACCUGAUUAAGAGUCAGUAUCAAUAAAGUUAAAAUACCUAAUUUUAUCAAAAAUACUUGAAACAGUUACAAGGAAAAGUUGAGAGCUUUAAAGCUCUGGUAGGCAGAAAUCUGGAAGAGGAAAAAAAAGAAGAAGAAUCUAAAAACAUACAGUUUUUCCCUCUCUUCUCUUUUCAAAGCCACUCCCGCCAUUGAGGUACUUGAGGUCAACAUUCGUUUGUGGCAUUUUAAACACAACCUCAUGAACAAAAGCACUCCAGCUAACUCCUUGCCCAUCAAAUUCAGCUUUCACCAUGAACUUUGUUGCCGUUUUCACCAUCACAUCUGACAGGCUAGAUUUUAUAAAGUCUAAAAAUAGGAGGAGGAGGUACAGAAAUCUCGUUUCCUCUCAGACCACCUGAAUUACAAUAUGCUGAAAAGUUGAAAAAUACUGCCUACUCCAGCUUUAAUAUCUUAAAUUACAAAAUCACUCCAAAACUAGAUGAUUCCUCCUUUCCUUUAUAUGUAAUAUUUCAUGUUUAUGUCAGUAUUUUCCAUUGAAAGCUCAAAAAAGCCCAAUUGAGUUGUUUGACUUGCAUUCAUGUAUUUGCCCUUACUUUGCAGGUGAGAGGUAGCGCAAACAUCUACUGGCCCUUUUAGCCUUUCUGUUUACCUUGCAAUGCAGGAUCUGACAGCCUCAAUUGCGACAUUAACUCCAAAACAACGACAAAUAGCUCCUGUGUAUGAUUCCAGUUCUGUGAACACACAGAACAUAGAACAAUGGAGGUUUGUUGUAUUAACCUAUAUGAUGAAUUUUGUGUUAUUACAACAUUAGAGAAUAAAAGCUGCUGCAACUCAAGGACCUAGAGAAGGCGGAAAAACAGGGCCUUGUUGUCCACCCUGAAUUUAACCAACCUGUGUCGAGCCCCACACUUUGGGCUUCACUGACUGGACCCAACUGUUGUAAACUAGGGAUGUCCAAUAUUGGCUUUUUGCCAAUAACCAAUAUGCCAAUAUUGUCCAAUUUUCAAUUUUCAAUUCUGAUGUCAACCGAUACCGAUAUAUGUGGGCUAUUUAACUAAUUUUAUAUAAAAUUAAAACCCCUAUUGUGGAAUUAACACAUCGUGCCUAAUUUUAUUGUGAUGCCCCAUUGGAUGCAUUUUCAAAUGCAGCAAGGCUUUCCAAAUGUAAACAUUGUUUGUGCAAAUAAGAAGACUACUUCAAAUUAACUUAUGGAAAAAAUGCCUUCUUUUUUAAAAUUGUCUCACACUCUCCCUCCCUCUAUGAGUAAAUGCCGGCAUUAUUUUAUCGGUUUUCAUGUUAAGCAAAAAAAAGACGAUAGCAAUAUUGACCGAUAUUACAUUUUUAUGCCAAUAUCGGGCCGAUAGUAUCAGACAUCCCUAUUGUAAACAACUUUUUGUCUCCAAACCUUAAAUCUGAAGAUCCCCUGACGUAUAUCUUAUACAUUAAAUUAACUUAUCUAGGUGUCCUUUACUGCUUUCUGAUGUCAUUCUUGACUUAAACAAAUAGUCAUUGGUGAUUUGGACAGCAAUGUAAGCAAACUCCCAGGCUCGCUUAUUACUGGAAGCACUAUUGAUGAACUCCUGUCAGCUGCAGCGUGGCUCUCUCUCGGUCUGAGAGCUCAAGCGUUCAUGCUGCUGCUGCUGCUGUACUUGUGGACACUCCCUGCUGCUCAUCUAAUGCUCACAUGCAAGGCUUGUCUUUUUGCAUGACAUAGCACCGUUGUGUAAACACUUCUAUGUGGUUCAGACUGAGACCACAAAGCAGAACAGCUAUUGUGUUAACCUUUCCAUGUGUGUUUUGUCCUCUGUGUGAGAUGCAUGAUUGUUUUUAUCAGGUUACCCUGUGUUUGCAUUUGUUUUUGUUUGUCCUUCUUUGUUCACUCUCCUCUACUUUGUUUUGAGCAGAUUAACUUAAACCUGAUAUCUGAUGAAUGGGUUUUAAUCAGCAUUGUGUUGCUGGACAGUAAAUCUGUACUUAGCAAGAUGUUUUAUGUAUAUCUUAGGGUCGUAUAUAAACCCGAUAAAUCUUCUGUGCCCAUAGGAACAUGCAGUAAAACUGUAUAGUAUAACAGCAGUGAUCACGUUGUGUACAGAGAACACUCCACUCCAGCAUUAUAGAUCUUCUCCUUUGUUGAAUCCUCUGAUAACUUUAAAGGCUAGCUAGCCAUCCAGUUCACAUUAUGUUCUUGUGUUUUUCCGUUAGACUUCACUACCAUCUGCCAGUGUGUGAAAUUCCCCCGUGUAGCUGUAAUAGGAGAUGAGAGCGUGUGUUUAUCUUUGAACUGAAUGUUUUUUCAGGUUGAGGUUUGGUCCUCCAUAGCAUGGAAAGGCCUGCUGUCUUCUUGAGCAAAAUAACGCACAAUCUAGUGUCCAGAUGCCUGUACACUAGCACUUUGUAGAGUUAGGAACGUAGUUUUAGGUGUCAUUCGACAUGCGUUGCUAUUCCCCAACAGACAUUUCACUCUGAGCGUACACACGAGUCUUUAUUGUUUGUGGACGGUAGAAAGACUUGGAUUGAUUCUUGGUGGGUGCGCCACUGAAAGUGUGUCGUUUGUGGGUUUAGGGAUGUUGGAGCUGAUUUCUGCUGUUGGACCUCCAUUUAGUUCUUCUCCCUGUUAUGCAGAAAGUCUAUCGACCCACUCCUUCUCCAUUUUGCUCUUGCACAAAUAAAAAUGUUUUCAUGAGGCAAACCCCUGAACCACGGAGUUUGGAUCUGGCUGUGAUGAUGUGAUGUAGAGCUACACUGUGACCAGAGGUGUAUACAUAAGUAAGAAACGAUAAAAUAUACAUUUACACAUCUAAUACAGUAAAUACAAACUAUAUAUGUAUAUAUAUAUUAGUGGUGGGACACGAUUUUAAAAAAAAUAAUUACAGGCUUUGUAAUCAAUCGCAUUUUUGUCAAAUAGCAAUAUUUAACACAGUAAGCAAAGUUUUUCAGUUCAAAUGAAUUUUGGUUUACUGAAUCAAUGAAUAGACAUACGUGAACUUCAACAAAGAUGUUUGUUUAAUUUCUGUUUAUCUGCAUUUUUCAUCUGUCUACUACAUUCACAGAUUACUGCAAACUCAAAGUGCAACUAUAGCGAUUACAUUCAACAUUUAAAGACUUUUUGUAAACUCAAGCACUUUCAUUGUCUUUAAAAGUGGUCUAUUAUGGGAUGGCUACACCGUUUGCCAGUACCAGGACUGUUGUAGCUAAUGUGUCCACAGCAUCGUCAAUUUCUCGCAUCCCAUUCAUUGUCUGGUUGCGUUGCAGCACGUUUUGAGUUGCGUUCCGACGCGUCGCCCUAGAGAUUAUUUGCAUAAAGUAGACUUCUACUUGAUGCAAAUUCAGUACAAAUAUUCAUUAAACAUCUAAACUAGCCGUCAUUGAACUAAAACGAGGACAGAUUCUGUAGCUUUUUUCUUGCCUCAAAUGCUUUCAGAAAUACUUUUUGCUGAAGUGUUCGUGUGAUAAAAGCAGUCCUGUGUAUCUUCUUCACAGCUACAAACAGACUUUAGGUUCAUUACCGCCACCUGCUGGACUGGAGUGUUCAUCAGUGUUACCGGUGUGCCAGAAAUUAGGGAGCUGAGAAAUGUGCAAUUAAAUGCGUUAUUUUUUUAAAGCGUUGUUUUUUCUGUAAUUAAUUAAUCGAAAUUAAUGUGUUAAAGUCCCAGCCCUAAUAUAUAUAAAAUAACAUGAUAUAUAUAGAUAUAAACUGAUAUGCUGUAUGUUUCCUGUCUAAUUGAGAGGUCAUUGUGUGAUAUUUUAUAACAGAGUGUCCCAUCUGUGAUCUGUAUUUAAAAUGGUCCUCUAUUUAUCAGUUUCACAAGGAGCUGACACAUGGAUUGAGGGUUAAAAUGUGGCACAGACUUUGCGCUGUAGCUGUCAGUUACUGCAGGGCUUUGACUGUGAAAAAGAACCUAUUUUUAAAAGGAUGACUCUGAAAGGUUUUUUGUAUUUUCGUAAUUUUUUAUUUUUGUUCAAAUUAUUAAGAUGAUUCUAAAUUGCAGCAGCAAUUUUUGUCACAGAAAUAAUUUGAUGUUGCUGCUAUGCUACCCACGUUGAUGGUUAAAAAAAAAGCCAGAUUUACAGCCAAAGAUGCCUAAAAAAAAAGUACCAGGAUGAUAAGAAAUAAUUCUAAAAUCAAAAUGUUUUACUUUCCAUCAUCUGUUGUCUCUAAACAUUUCAUAAACGUUGCUAUGACUUGAAUGAUUUGAUUACGUUCAGGCCUUUUUUCUUCCAGGAUCAAUGUUCUUUCAAAAACAUUACAAAAAUGAUUGAGUUAUUUGAUCAUCCUCUUUUCUUGUCUUCUACAAAUUUAAAACAGCCACUUGUGAAGCUUCUACUGUGAUGUGUGAAAAUGUUUAUUCACUAGUUCAAGCCUCUGAGUUUGAAAGCGCUACUGUGAUGAGACAAAUCUCUGGUUAAAUGUUGUUGUUAAUGAAAGCACUUUGUGGUGGCAUAGUAAUGGUGUCAUUUUUUACUCAGGUGUUUGGUCGGACUCCUACUGAUAUGUUUGAAAUUGAUUCUUCAACAUGUCUCAUUUGUUCAGAUGCAGUAAAUAAAAUGGAAUAUGAACAGAUGUUAUUUCAUAGCAGUGAUUAUCCUCACACUCCUGAUUUAACAACUUAAUUUUGUAAAAGUAAAGUAGAAAUUGAAAAUGCCUGCAGUUUUUUAGAUUACAAAGUUUCAGAUAUCUCCAUAUUUACAUUAUAAAUGGUGAAAUAAUAAAGAUCCAGUUCUGAAGUGGA